AUGUUCAGGAAAACGUCCUGGAGGAACACAGUCAGUGACGCCGUGAGCUUCCACCAGAACCAAGCCCUCAGCACGACUAUAUUCCUCCUGAGAUCCUACGGCCCCACAGGGUUUCUGCUCAGAGAGGAUGGAGAGGCCAAAAACGUCAAGGUGUGCUUAGGCGACCCACAUACCUGCACUUGCCCUGUGUUCACUAAGGAACAGGAGCCAUGCAAACACAUUUGCUGGGUUUUAUUGCGGAAAUUCAAACUACCCAGGGAACAUGAAUAUUCAUUUCAACAUGGACUUGUGGAGAGACAGAUCUUGGAGGUGCUCCAUGGUUUCCACCAAACCAAAGCCCAGCGGAUGAGAAACGAUCAAUCUGCUGCUUCUGGGACGCAAAGCCAGCCAGUCACGGGCCAGGAGGCUGGAAGUGUCUGCAGGAAGUCGAUCCAAGCCCAGGAUGUGUGUCCUAUCUGUCAAGAGGAGCUGCUGGAGAAAAAACUGCCUGUGUCUUACUGCAGGUUCGGCUGUGGCAAUAACGUCCACAUCUCUUGCAUGAAAGUGUGGGCAGAGCACCAGAAGCUCUCAGACAGGGACAAGCCGGUGAAGUGUCCUCUGUGCAGGGAGGACUUUUGCUCUUUGAAGUCGCUCCAAGAGCAGGUGAAAAACUCGGCAAAGCUUCUCACUGCUGCUGAAAGAGAGAAGCCGGACAGACACCUGGGAGUCCUCUGUCACAUCUGCCAGGUCUGCCCUGUCACUGGCAGAUGUUUCAAAUGCACAGUCUGCAGUCACUUCUAUUUGUGUGAGGACUGCUCAAAGAAAGGCUGCCACUCGCAGCAUCCGUUUGCUUCACGAACAAGAAGAAGAGACAAGUGGCAUCUUGUGACAGAGGACCUGAGUUGUGAACCAGAGGGGGCGACCUCUCAGCAGGCAAGUGACAGCAUCAUCCCCGUAGCUGCAGACCCUCUACCAGAAAAUAUGCUGGGGUGUCUGCCUACUGUCAGGGUGAGAUCGGGGUCUCGGCUCUUGGACGAGGGACAUCAGUGUCGGAUCUGUCUGCAGAGUUUUACCCUGGGCCAGUGUGUCCGGACUCUGCCCUGUCACCACCAGUUCCACAUGGACUGUGUGGACGGGAUCCUGCGGAAGUCAAACUCCUGCCCACUGGAUGGAUAUGUCAUUUAUAAUCCCUUGAUUUGGAGAACCAGUGAAAGGAAGACCUCCCAUAAAUUGGCCUCCUGCCUUUCCAGGGACUGUGCCAAACCAGAGCAAAACUUAAAGGACCUGUUUAUCCCAGGAGUGGCACUGUGGAACAGGAACACCAAAACCGCUCCAUCACACGGAUCUCUUCACUUAGAGGUGCUGACAGGCUCUUCACAAACUUUAACCAUCCCACAAAAGAUGAGAAGUGGCCAGUUUCUUGGUUUGCGCAUUGGCACAACAGAUGCUGUAAUGAAAGAAGGAAAAGGAGGACUACAGAAAAAGCAAAGUCUAGUUUUCCCUGAAAAUAGUUCUUUACAUCACCUAAGUGAAUCUGACUCAGCUGACAGACUGAACACCUCCAAAUCCAGCUCUGCCUCGACUGAUAUGUUUGUGCCUGUGGCCAAAAUCAGAGAACAGUCACAGAUGAAUCUAUGUGUAGAUUUGUGCAGACCAGACCCAGACCACCGCACAGCUGCCGUGUUCUUUCCUACCAGGCGAGGGAGACUGCCGCCCAAAAGGAGAGGGCCGAUAACUACUCAAGACACAAGCAGGGACCUUACUGCAGAGCUAAGACUGACUGGAGUCCUGAUAAACCCACAACUUCACAGCAAGACCGAAACUUAA